AUCAUUCAGCAUUUCUUUUUCACACACAACAACAAUAAACAAGCCCGUCCUCCUCCUCUCGACUAGCAAGUUCGUUUAUAGCAGCUCGUCCUCUCCUACAGUUGUGCUUGUUUUCGCUUCCUUCGACACUUUUGCGACCUAGCAGCACAUUUACGCUACCACAAGCAGCACAUUUACACUUUUGCGACCUAGCAGCAAACCACAAGAUGCUUCGCUCCCCCGCUAGUUCGCAAGUGCUGCGCACGAACGCUGUCGGCGGUGGCGGCGAUCCGCAGUUCGACGGCAUGGGCAAUUAUUUCUGGAAAAACGUUCCGAGUCAAGUGCGGGUCGUUUUUUGUUCACAAAUUGAAUUUGAAAAGAGUAAAGAUGGAGAUGCAUGAUGAUGGCAAAAGCAAACUAUCAGAAAAAAAUUGAAAUGCAUUUCUUGCACGCAACCGUGUCUUCGUAUCCCAUUGGUGCAUAAUUUCACUUGACUCGCAGUUUCACUGCGAUACCGACAUGAAAACUCAUCGGGUGUGUUUCACGCACAACAACUGCUCCGACGCUUUGGGGGAGCAACGUGCUGCAAAUAAGGAAAACCGCAAUCCAGGUAUUUUGAUGUCUUCAUGAGUUGCAAGUACACUUUAUUGAUUGACUUUCAAUUCUUUUCUCCCUGAGGCGGACGACGAUCUGAAUGAGAAAGAAGUAUGUCUAUCCAGAAGAGUAGAGCAGUACGGAUUUGUGGAAUUUCCAUGAUUUCAUCUUCUUGGAGAUGCCAUUUAUUCUUUUCCGUUCUGUUUUCGUCGCAGUCGCAGAGCAACACACACGCCUCAACACAGCGAACUUCGAGGGCUUUGCGAAGUACCACCGGGUGAAAUUCACGGCGAAUGGGGGAGUCGACAACCAAUUUGUCCAACGGAACGGUACCAUAAUGUAGAUCUAGAUUGUGAAUGAGCAGUUUUGUACACGUUGCAUGCAAGCAAUCGCUUUUCUUCGUGCAAAUGUGAGAUGAUACCUAUUUGUCACCGUCAGGUAUCCCCUCCCCCACAAUCGCCGAAGCGAGCCAGCCCAACCUGCGCCAGGUGAUCCGCGGCAGCGACAGCAACCGUUUCGACACUUUUCGCAAGGAGCAGCAGCAGCAAACCGUAGCUGCUCGGGGAACUGAAUCUCGUACUACCGCAGCAGAUACUAAAAUGUCGAAGAACUCCUCUUCUCGCCCGGCGAAGUUUCGUGACCAGGCGAACAAACCGAAGGACACGACCGCCAAUGUUGCUGGAAUAUGCAUUGCAAAAGCAUCGUACUAGUAUAAAUUGCAUUUCAAGUGUCCUGAGCAUGAGAGAUAAAAUCUCUAAUGCGGAUUUAACUUGAGAAGUAAACUUGUAAUGCAUGACUACGAUUCCACCUACCAGUACGAUACUUUUGCACAGGAUAUGGAACGAUGUCGAGCAAAAACAUCAAGCCGGUUUUUUCCGCGGAAACGCGGUCCCCGCACUCCCACCUGAAACGUGACGACACCACACCGUUUGCGCGGUCCCCCAGCCAAGAAUCCAUUGCGACCACGGUGGCCAGCAGCGUGACGACAGUGUCAAACUCCUCCCCGGAGUUGAGCAACAAUAAACUGGCGAUGCCGGCCGGCCGGGCCUUGCACAAGCAUCAGCCGAUGAUGCUGCGCCGCGGGAAGGUGUUUGGCCCGGUGGGGACGAACUUUUCCGCCACGGUGAAUACUAGUAGUUCUGUAAACAACAUCGUGGCCCACCCGGUGAAGAUGCUGUCCAGUCCCGUGAAACAGACCUCGACGGAAAAAAACAACACGCGCUUGAUUCCAGGUCGGAAAACGGAUCCGUGCGAAAUCACCGCGAAACCUACCUGCUUCAUUCCGAGUGUUGCGCGGACCAAUUCCACUGCCGCUCUGCCGGUGGACCAGACGGGAACAAGCAAGUUGGCGAAUUUUGCGGACGAGCGACCGGCGGCGGGGGGGAAAAGUAUGCUUUGAUUUUCUUUUUGCAGCACGGUUUUUUUCCGUUACACGAAUUGUUCAAGGAAAAUUUUGUGUUUGUCGUGGAAGACGAUGUACUUGCUAUAGUACUUUCAUUCGAUUAUACGCCCACAGGUUCCAUCCGCUGCAUUCCGCUCGAGAUGCCCAUGACCCGUCGUGAGUGCUACGCGUGAGGAUCGAGGUAAUGGUGCUUGUCUCAGACUGGGCAGUAGAAACAGAAAGCAAUAUCUUCCAAAAUUUCGUUUCUUGUUACAUGUUGUACAAUCGUCCCAUGGCAUGGUGCUAGCAGUUCUUAAUACGCUAGAAAUCAUACACACUCACACAAUAUACAAGCUAUCUUGACUUGUUUAGACAGUUGGACUUCAUUUUUCGAUACUAGAAAUAAGGCGGCAGAAAACUUGCGUCGUAAAUUUGUUUCUUGAUUUCUUGCAUGGGCAUGGGGAUUUUCUUGGCGAUGUUUUCCUUUUAUACUUUUCACUGCAAUUCGAAUUCUAAAAGUCCUAUGAUGCGGCCGCACCCGAGCCUCCGUUUUCUUCUGACAGAUGAAAUUAAUACUGCUAGGCCUUUUCUUACUUUUACGACUACUCAACUUAGACUUCCACACUCACAUUUUCGGAAGAGCAGCCAAACCCAAUGCGGUUUCCGUUCUCUAACUUUCGCACUUUUGCUACAGUUAAUCUUAAUCCUACUUUACCAUCCUAGCCAAAGACGCUACUACUAACAACCUACUACAAGCACCGCAUCUCGAAAAGCCCUUUCGAUUGAAUAAAUACCCGAAAUAGACAAAUUUUUUUGAUACGCGGAAAAAUGGAUUUUGUCUAGUGCCGCAGAAAGAACUUCAAUACUCGCCGACCGCAAGCGCGCGUAGGUACUACUUUUAGACACAGAGCAGACAGCAACGCGAUCAUCAUACCUUGUUGAUUAGAUUCCAGUUUCAGUCCGAGCUAAUUUUUUUGGGAUUUCGAAUUUCGACUGCAACGGUUUGUGUCUAUCUAUGGACAGGCAGAUAUUUGGACCAUCAUUUUCUCGAGCGGGUGCCGACUUCUUCUUAACAUCUUGAACAUGACGAUUCGAUGCCCCUUUCUCAAAUUCUGCGCUUGAGUAUAAGGGAACUCUCUGACGAC